AUUCAACACUUCAUAUCAAGACAGAGUCUUGUCUUCUCGGGUUUCUUUCUUUUAAAAACAACAUCAAAAUCGGCUAAAACAACGUUGUUGUUUCUUGACUAUAUAAACUAGGGAGAUUAUUGUGGAUAAUUGUACAAAAUAAGAAAAAAUAAAGUUUAUAGUUGUUUUCCAAUUUAUCGUGAUGUUUCAGAAAGAAGAAAUGGCAGCAAACGGAACGGGCGUUACGUCGCCGAGGACUCCAUUGAAGAGUAUACUGACGGAGAAGGCAAAGGGGAUACCCAAUGAUAGUGCUGGAACCGUUAAGGCACAGACGAUUGAAGAGCUUCACUCUUUACAGAGGAAGAGAUCUGCGCCUAACACGCCUCUCCAAGGGACCGCCGGUGCCUUCGCUAAUUUGUCUGAGGAUGAACGCCAGAGACAGCAACUCCAGUCCAUCAGUGCAUCUUUGGCGUCACUGACUAGAGGGACGGGGCCAAAGGUGAUAAGAGGUGACCCAGGAGGCGGGAAGUAUCAGGCGGUUUCACAUGUGGCGCACCACCACCACCAUAUAGAGGCACCAGUCAUCAGUGUCAGUGACAGUUCUCUCAAAUUCACCCACGUCCUCUACAACCUCUCUCCUGGAGAGUUGUAUGAGCAGGCCUUAAAAUAUGAGAAAGGAUCUUUCCUUACAUCCACGGGUGCAUUAGCCACCCUGUCAGGAGCCAAGACCGGGCGGUCUCCCAGAGAUAAGAGAGUUGUUAUCGAUGACACCACCCAAGAUGAGCUUUGGUGGGGAACGGGCUCACCCAACAUUGAAAUGGACGAGCAUACCUUCAUGGUAAACAGAGAAAGAGCUGUGGAUUACUUGAAUUCUCUAGACAAGGUUUUUGUGAAUGAUCAAUUCCUGAACUGGGAUCCAAAGAACAGAAUCAAAGUCAGAAUUGUCUCUUGUAGAGCCUAUCAUUCAUUGUUCAUGCACAAUAUGUGUAUCCGACCCACUCCAGAAGAGCUCGAGAAUUUCGGUACACCGGACUUCACUAUAUACAAUGCUGGACAGUUCCCAUGUAAUCGUUACACACACUACAUGACAUCCUCCACUAGCAUAGACAUUAAUCUUAAUAGGAAGGAAAUGGUCAUCCUCGGCACCCAAUACGCCGGGGAAAUGAAGAAGGGUCUUUUCAGUCUCAUGCAUUAUCUCAUGCCUAAGCGCCAUAUCCUAUCUUUACAUUCUGGUUGCAAUAUGGGGAAAGAUGGAGAUGUUGCUCUCUUCUUUGGACUCUCAGGUACCGGGAAGACUACACUGUCGACUGAUCACAAUAGGUUUCUGAUUGGAGACGACGAGCACUGUUGGAGUGACGAUUGUGUAUCGAACAUCGAAGGUGGUUGCUAUGCCAAGUGCAUUGAUCUUUCAAAGGAGAAGGAACCUGAUAUCUGGAAUGCCAUUAAGUUUGGCACUGUGUUGGAAAACGUUGUAUUUGAUGAACAUACAAGAGAAGUGGAUUAUACCGACAAAUCAGUUACUGAGAACACUCGUGCCGCUUACCCCAUCGAAUUCAUUCCAAAUGCCAAGAUACCAUGCUUCGGUCCGCACCCUAAGAACGUCAUUCUUUUGGCAUGCGACGCCUUUGGUGUUCUUCCACCUGUGAGCAAGCUAAGUCUGGCACAAACCAUGUACCAUUUCAUUAGUGGCUACACUGCUCUGGUGGCUGGAACCGUAGAUGGUAUUAAGGAGCCAACAGCAACAUUCUCAGCUUGUUUUGGUGCGGCAUUUCUCAUGUUGCAUCCAACCACGUAUGCAGCCAUGCUUGCUGAGAAAAUGCAGAAGCAUGGGGCAACAGGAUGGCUUGUCAACACUGGCUGGUGUGGUGGAAGCUAUGGAUCUGGAAACCGGAUAAAGUUACCGUACACUCGGAAAAUCAUCAAUGCCAUUCACUCUGGUAGCCUCUUGAAAGCAACUUACGAGAAAACUGAGGUGUUCGGUUUAGAGAUCCCCAAUGAGAUUGAGGGAGUGCCUAAAGAAAUCCUGCGUCCGGAAAACGCUUGGGCUGACAAGGAGGCAUACAAGAACACGUUGUUGAAAUUAGCUGGCCUGUUCAAGAAUAACUUUGAGACCUUCACGGAAUAUAAGAUUGGAGAGGACAAGAAGUUAACUGAGGAGAUCCUUGCAGCUGGUCCAAUCUUUUAAUUUCUCAACCAAUGAAGAAGCCAAUUAUUCAAUGUGAGAGAAAAUAAGAUUUAUGUAAAAUGGUUUCUAUUCAUACUCGAUUUUAGAUGUAGCCCAAUCUUUACGAGCUCGAAAAAAUAGCACUGGAGCUGGUCGUUCAACAACAAUUCUACACCAUGGUAUGUGAUAAUAGUAUGAAUUGUUUUUCAAUUACUAGUUUUAACUUCAAAGAGGAAGUGAUUAAAAAUUCUAUACCUUAAGGUUGAGGGUAAGCUUUGGUAAUGGCAAUUACUCACCUUCCUUGCAUGUAUAUAUAUAAUCUUUUGUUUUUAAUACACCCUGAUA